UCACGCCCCCUCCCUCGCGCCCCCUCCCUCGCGCCCCCUCCCCCCCGACUCCAACCUCGUCUUUGUCUGCUUCCCCCCCUGGUAGGGCGAAGUCCCGCUGCUCCCCGGGCUAGCCUCCCCUCUUGGGACUCUGGUGACCGAGUGCCACGCGAGGAUGGCUCCGGCCUCCGCGUCUCCCGCUGGCUCGGGGGAUCUCCUGCCGCUGGCGUCGCUGGCGCCGGCGCCCCGGAUCGGCCUGGCAGCCGACGGCGCCGGGCUCUGGGAUUUGUUGUCGCGAGCGGCGGCGGCGGCCGGCCCGGCCGACGAGCUCUACACCGCUUCCGGGCCGAGCUGCCUCCUGGCCUGGCGCACGCUCGGCCUGCUGGCACCGCCGGCCGACGGCCCGGGUCCGAGCGACAGCACUCCCCCCGGGACUGACACCUCCUCGGUUGGCCAGCUGCUUGUGCUCCGGUGCAUGCUGUUGCAAAUGCCGGGCGAUGAUGUGCCCGGAUCCGGGCCCCAUGUGUCGAUUGAUACCCUCCGGGGGUGGUUGCCCGGUGGCAUGGCGGCGCAGGCUGGCCCGACCGCCGGCCCCCGGGCGGCCGAUGCCCUGCUGCGGACGGUGCUGCGCCUGCUGCUUGAUCUGCGCAUUGCCCAAGCUCUUCCCGGGCCCUGGGAGGCAGGCCCUCCCGCCGACCCGGGGGUCCUCCUCCCGGAGGCCAUUCGCCUCAGUGGGCACUUCCUUCAUUCGAUGCGCCUGAUCUGGAGUAACCAGUCUUGUCCUGGAUUCGGGGCCGUUUCGCUGUCGCCUCCUCUGGCGCGUGGCUCGACAGCCGCCACCUGCCUCCGGUGUGGUCCUGAGGCUGACACGCGCCUGCGCCUGGCCGGACGCUCGGCGACCCUUGGCGACUACUGUCACGCCGUUUCACAGCAUGUGGCCCUGCUGGCCUUCGUCCUGAACCCUGCCUCGUCGCACUUGGCCGAGCGCCUGCUAACCCCCUUCACCCGGGGGGUUUUGCUCCAAGCCGGCCUGGUCCGCCCGUCCGAUGGCUCGGCGGAUCCGGCGAUCAUCACCACACCGGCCGGCUUCCGGUUUGUGCUGCUCUCGCCGCGAGCACAAAUCCUGAGCCUGGUUACCUUCUUCCUGGACCUGGUUGAGGCGGCCGGCGCCGGGCCCGGUGCCGUGGUCGAGUGCCUGCGGAUUCUCUUUGGUCUGGGGUUUCUGGGCGAGGAGCAAACCGCUCCGGUGACCGGCCUGCCGGCGGCCCGGUGCGGCACGCAUUUGCCCACUCUGCUGGCUCCGGAUCCCCUGGCUGCCAUUCGCGCCUCGGCUCCCCUGGCCUUGUUGCACUUCCUCUCGGAUGUUGGGUGCGUGGCGCCGGCCCCCGGGCCGGGGCUCCGAGCGACCGGACUCCUCCGCCUUCUAUUCCAGGAUCACCACCACACUCGGCCAAUCGAUGUGGACGCACGAGGCCAAAUGGCAGCCGAGUGCGCGGCUCUGCUCGAGGCGGCACCCGGUAUGCCGCCGCUCGGCUGUCCCUCACUGGGCCCCGGGUCUUCCUGGCCCGCUGCCAGUGGCUUUGUCAUCGUUGAGUCGAACUUCCGCGUCUACGCUUAUACCGCUUCUUCCGCGCACGUGGCUCUUCUGUCGCUUUUUUGCACCGGGAUCCAGCGCUUUGCCGAUCUCUUUGUCGGGGUCAUCUCCCGCGGUUCAAUCCUCCGUGCGGUGGAGAUGGGUAUCACCAGUGCCGAUAUCAUUAAAUUCCUGUUCAACUACUCUCAUUCAUCCACACUCGGCCGGACACACCGCGUGCCACCAACAGUGCUGAUUCAAAUCAGCCUCUGGGCCGCCGAAAUGGAGCGGAUCUCCACCGAGGAUGUCGUGCUCAUCACCGACUUCAAGUCCGAGCGCGAACUCCAUCAAAUGCUCCGGCGCUUCCCACGGCCGAUCUUCUGCGACCCCGCACGGCAACUCCUUGUGGUCAGCCGCCCGAGCUAUGAAGCGUGGAUGCGCUCGAGACAGGCGUCCCGCUGAGAGAGACAGAGAGGGGGAUGUCCAGCUGGGCAUCAUCCUCCUCGGGAGCCGCCUCCAAGGCGCCCGACGCCGGUCGCGGGACCUUGGCUUUGUCAUUGGCGGCCGGACCCUGCAUUGCACCCGGUUCCCCCCCC